UGGGUUCCAGCGAACGAGCCCGUGUCAUCUCCAAGGGAGCCGAAGCGCCAAACGGCGAGAGCGGAAGAGCUUUACGUUUCGGCUUGGCUUGUGAGUGGACCAUACCCAAGCGCGCCAACCUCCAGCGGCGACCGGUGGUCUUAUCCGGCUAUCUCAUCGCGACAGCAGUCAGACCAUCUCAUCUCCAGAAGCUCAGUUUUGGGCGCUUGUGUACAACUUUUGACAAUCUCUAUCAUAAGUAACAAAAAUGAAUUUCGCUUUGUGUUCGUCUUCUUCUGAGCUCAGAUAUCCUUUUGUUGAGGGGUUACCAUGCACAAACAAGAAUAUGCUAGAGUCUGAACUUCAUGUGAAAGUUGGUAAUUUCAAUAACAAGGACAAAAAUCGAGCAUCUAAUCAUGAUGCUAGAAGGCUGGUGAUGUCUAGCAAUUUGAUGCCUCAGCCUUUAAAAGGAUCCUAUGUGGGAAAGAAACACCUGCAGGAACCUGGUCAGAAGCUGGAAUUUGUGAGGACAUUGUUGAUUGACAACUACGACAGCUACACAUACAACAUAUACCAGGAGCUGUCUGUCAUUAAUGGGUUGCCUCCUGUGGUGGUGCGAAAUGAUGAAUUGACGUGGAAAGACAUCUGCUAUUACUUGUAUGAAGAAAAUGCAUUUGAUAAUGUUGUUAUAUCACCUGGACCUGGUUCCCCAACAUGCCCAGCAGACAUAGGAAUAUGUCUUCAGGUGCUGCUUGACUGCUGGGAUAUCCCUAUUUUGGGUGUUUGUCUUGGACAUCAGGCUUUAGCUUACGUGCACGGUGCUAAAGUUGUCCACGCAUCUGAACCAGUCCAUGGACGGUUGAGCGAAAUUGAGCACAAUGGGUGCAGACUUUUCAAUGACAUCCCUUCUGGCCACAACUCAGGAUUCAAGGUGGUACGGUACCAUUCACUUGUUGUAGAUGUUGAAUCACUCCCAGAUGAACUUAUUCCUAUAGCAUGGACUUCCUCCGUGGAUGCACUUUCUUUUAUUGAAACCCACAAGUGUGAUGUUCCCUCAGAGUUUGCUGCUGGAUCUUUUUCAAGAAAAGUGAAAAAUGGAAGUUAUUCGCCGUUCAGCCAUUCUGGCAAACUGCAGAGCGAAAAGGUUCUCAUGGGCAUUAUGCAUUCUACCAGGCCUCAUUAUGGUUUGCAGUUCCAUCCAGAGAGUAUUGCAACCUGUCAUGGAAGGCAGAUAUUCAAGAAUUUCAGGGAGAUCACAGAGGAGUACUGGCUGAGUUCGAGGGCAUCAUUCCUCCAAGAACGGAAUUUUGAUUAUACAGCAUGCGUGCAGAUUCCCCAUGUUAGUCGACUGUUCACAGAAGUUCCUAGACAUAGGCAACUGGUAAAUAAUGCAGAUGGUCAACUAUAUAGGAAGGCUUCAAGAAGUAACUUAUUAGAGAACAGCGAAGGUAACAGAAAUUGUUCUGGUAUGGUUGAUAUGGUUAACCUUUUGCAUCCAAGCAAUGAUGUAAAAUAUCUGAAGCUCAAAUGGAAGAGAUUUAAGAACUUGGCUGGUCAGGUUGGUGGAGCAAAAAAUAUAUUUUGUGAACUUUAUGGACAUCAUAAAGCUGAAAACACCUUUUGGUUGGACAGUUCAUCAAUAGAAAAGAGAAGAGCACGCUUUUCAUUUAUGGGAGGAAAAGGUGGAACUCUUUGGAAGCAAUUGACCUUUAAAUUGUCUGAUAGAAGUGAUAUGACUUUGAAAGGCAGAGGUUUUCUAUCUGUUGAGGAUGCUCAAGACUCUACCAAAAGCACCAUUUUGGAAGAAGGUUUUCUUGACUUUUUGAAAAAGGAGCUCCUGUCAUUUUGUUAUGAUGAAAAGGAUUAUGAAGGACUUCCAUUUGACUUUCAUGGUGGAUAUAUUGGCUACAUGGGAUAUAGCCUUAAAGUUGAAUGUGGAGCAUUAUCUAAUCGCCACAAAUCCGGGACUCCAGAUGCUUGCUUUUUCUUUGCUGAUAAUCUUGUAGUUAUUGAUCACUGCUCCAACGAUGUUUAUGUACUGUCUAUAAACGAAGGAUGCACUAGUAAGACACCAUGGUUGGAUGAUACAGAACAGAAGCUUCUCAGCUUAAAAACUUCUGCUACUAAGGAGGGAGAGGAGCCAAAUUUACAGGCUUUAACAUCUUCGCAAUGUCAAGCAAGUUUCCUUGCUGAUAAAUCAAGGGAGGAGUAUAUAAAAGAUGUUGACAAGUGUAUGGAAUACAUUAAAGAUGGUGAAAGCUAUGAAUUAUGUCUCACGACUCAGAUGAGAAAAAGAAUCGGGGAAAUGGACUCAUUGGGACUUUACCUUCACCUUAGAGAGAAAAACCCAGCACCAUAUGCUGCCUGGCUUAAUUUUACAAAGGAAAACCUAUGCAUCUGCUGUUCUUCACCAGAGCGGUUUCUACGGUUGGAUAGAAAUGGUAUACUGGAAGCAAAGCCCAUUAAGGGUACUGUAGCUCGUGGUGCAACACUGGAGGAAGAUGAACAACACAAACUACAGCUACAAUACAGUGAAAAGGAUCAAGCUGAAAAUCUUAUGAUUGUUGAUCUUCUAAGAAACGACCUUGGUCGUGUAUGUGAGCCUGGCUCUGUUCAUGUGCCCCAUCUUAUGGAUGUGGAAUCAUAUGCUACUGUCCAUACUAUGGUGAGCACAAUUCGUGGGAAGAAGCGGUCGGAUGUAACUGCAGUUGACUGUGUGAGAGCAGCAUUUCCAGGUGGUUCAAUGACAGGUGCACCGAAACUGAGAUCAAUGGAACUUCUUGAUUCAAUUGAAAACAGUUCACGAGGAAUUUACUCCGGCUCCAUUGGGUUCUUCUCAUACAACCAGACGUUUGAUCUGAAUAUAGUUAUUAGAACUGUUGUUAUACAUGAGGGUGAAGCUUCAAUAGGAGCAGGAGGAGCCAUUAUUGCUUUAUCAAAUCCUGAAGAUGAGUACGACGAAAUGGUUUUGAAAACACAGGCUCCAGCAAAAGCUGUCAUGGAGUUUCUGUAGGAAGGGAUUGACAUAUUUUGCACUCUCUUUUCACAUUUUUUCCCCAUGUGAUGAUUAUUUGUAGUGUCAAAGAAGAAACUCAUACAGGCCCUGUGGAAAACAGCAGGCAAUAUAUAUAGCUUUGGUUUUAGUUACCAUUGAAUUCAUGAUUCAUUUGUGAAAACAAUAAAAGGAUGUUUCUUAAUUAUAAUCUCAUUCCAAUUUGACUUGUCGA